UCGGAUGAGAGACACACAGCAGAGAACAUCGCUGCUCAUCUCCGAGCUGUCACUGAGGAGUGGGGAGUUCACGAUAAAGUAGUAGCAUGUGUGCAUGACAAUGCACGCAACAUGGUCCUGGCAAACCAGCAGCUGCUCCAGUGGGAAUCAGUUCCCUGUUUCGCCCAUACGCUACAAUUAGCAAUUAAUGACGGCUUUAAAAAUGUGAACAUCAACCGGGUGGUCGCAGCGUGCAGCAAGUUGAUUUCUCACUUCCACCACAGCACAGUGGCAUCUAAUGCUUUAAAAAUAAAGCAAGCGCUACAAAACCUCCCAACACACAAAUUGAUCCAAUACUGCCGGACACGAUGGAACUCAAUUUUUGAAAUGAUGGAGCGACUGCACGAGCAGAGAUGGGCUGUGACCGCAGCGCUUUCGGACAGGACGGUGACGAAGCUGGCCGAUGCGAGGACCCUUGAGCUGAAGGACGAAAUGUGGAAGAGCGUUGAAGAGAUCUUGCCAUCACUGAAGUCCCUCAAAUGUGCGACCGCAGCUCUCUGCACUGAGACUCAUGUGUCUCUGUCCAUGGUGCUCCCAGUCGCGAAAAGCCUGCUUGAAAAGCAUCUUGAGCCAAUGGAAGGGGAAUCAAAGCUUGUAGUGGACUUCAAGAGAACCGUCGCCGGCUCCCUCCGAACCCGUGUAAGGCCGCUUGAAGAAAAUAUCAGCCAAGCAAUCCUUGCUUCUGCGCUUGACCCGAGACACAAACACCUUCGGUUUUUGGAUCCAGCACUUCGCCUCCGCACCCAAGAGAAGCUGUCGGAACUGCAUGACGGGGUUACAUUGCAAGGCCCAGAUGACAUGGGGGAAAGUAGUGAAGCACAAGCCUGCAGCGUCGAAAGCACUUCAGAGGCACUUGACACCCUCUUCGGGGAGGACUACUACGUAAAUACUAGCGACGUCAACGAGCUACACUGUAAAAAAUGA